UUAAGUCCCACGCUUAUCUAGAGUCAAUCUUCAUUCGUUCGCUCCCCUCGAUCUAGUCAAGUAGUGAUAUCCAAAGUAGUAGCAACAGUAGCAGAAGCAAAAGUACACAUCGCUGUAACGCUCCCGGGUACCGGCUAGUAGUUUUUGGGAUCAGAUUUCGAUACCGACAUUUGUCUUCAUCUUCUGUAAUUAUGGUCGAAUCAAAAUCAUUCCGCCGGAUUGGAUUCCUGUACGCGGUCAUUUGCUUCCUGGGGUCGUCCAAUGGGGCAGUUUAUUUUUUCAAACAACUAGUCAACAACGAAGAGCUGGAUCCAAGUGGAUACAACGGUAAUGUUGUGAUCCAUGCUGCCGGGAUGGUGAUGUUCCUGCUGUCGGCCAUGUUUUCUGUGUUCGUCAAGAUCGGCAUCGAGGAGGUGGAACCCGCCUACAUCAACAUUCAGCGAGUUUGUAUGCUGCUUCGCAAUCUGGUUCUGAUGAUCGUUUGGACCUGUGGCAGCGUAAGCCUGAAGAUCGAACAAAUUUCCGAUCCCGACUUCCCCCAGGACAAGGUGCGGGACUUGAACCUCAACACUGCCCUGCUGGUGAUGAUCUCGAUCAUCGUCGGUCUGGAGAUGUGGAUCAUCGAGGGCAUCCAGAGGUACGUGGACGAUCGACACCACCAGGAGCGACGCCUGGAACAACUCCGGCGACGUUUUGUCCGAGAUGUGUCGCUAAUUAGUUCCUGAGCCUGAGGCCGUCCGUCUGGCAGUCUUAUCCUCGAACAAGCGAAUUCUGUGAUAAACCUCCUCGUGAUGUAAUUGAACAAAACGUUAAGUACUUAUAUAUUAGCUUUACUUCCUUCCCGCCCCCAACUUGUCAGCCAACCGGAGAGGCUGGUCUUAGUGA